AUGAACUUUCUCAUUUUUGCAACAGUGGGAUAUCUCUACUCACUAGAAGAUAUUUGUGAUUUUCUGGCAAAAGGAUAUCUUGACAAGAAGAGGUCUCUUUUCUGAGAGAAUGGGAUUUUUUUUUUUCUCCCAUUGUUUCUCGUUGUUGGGCCUUCGUCUUAACUGUAAAGCAAAACUGGAUGUCUAAGGAAACAUGUGGACAAAGAGAUUUCCUUUGCUGACUUUGUUCACAAAACAUGAUAUGAGAACGUCAAAGGAGCAAUGGCAUUUAAAGAAAUUGUUUAAUUGACAGUGAUGUCAGGGAGGACUGUUGAUCCCCAGAAGAGAAACGCGGAGCAGAAGAUUCUGGAUGUGGAAGCAGGAAAGUCUAACAGGGAGGAAGAAGAGCGAGAAGACAUAGACUGUUUGCAGCAGCUCUCCCGCUGUCCUGCUUGCAACCAGGGCUAUGACAUCCUCUUGAUCCUGCCGUGCUCUCACACCAUGUGUGCUCCCUGUAUAGCAGCUGGAGAGGGAAUAAGAUCAGGUCAGUCUCAGCACCAUAGCGUCAGCCUACCUGUCUGCUCUGUGCUGUGCCCAUGCUGUCGACAUCCUGUAGAGUUGCCAUGCUGGACCUGGUUAUCUGCAACUUCCUGUCUCCAAAAACAUCCCACGCUGAGUCCUGCAAGUGUCAGCAGGGAGACAGGUACAAAGGAGGGAGCAUCUGAAGAUCACCUUCAACAUGUGAAGGGGGACACAUACUCUGAGGAUGCAGGUGACAUGACAGCACAGAGCUGUUUACAUGGCUCCAAUGCUGCCAGUUCCUUAAUAGCACCAGUGGAUGGCAGUGUAGACCUGCGAGAGGAGGAGAUGGAGCAGUCUGUUUUUGGACUAUGUUUUGCUCUGGACCCUUUAACUAUCCCUUCAUCCCUCCAUCUUUCCCACUCCUCCCUCGCCGUCACCUACCAUGGAGAGAACCCUCAUGGCCCACCUCUAGACAACAUGGUCAGGAGAUCGAUGACCUCUGACCCCACGGUUACGCUGGCCCUCCCCCAGGUCUGCGCUGAUGUUGUCAUUGUACGAGGACAGUAUUACUGGGAGGUGGAUGUCUGUAACAGCUCAGUCUACAGGAUCGGUGUGAGCUCACUGGAUGGUUCUGGCGGCUGGUGGCUUGAAAGGCAGGGCUUAUCUUUUAGCGCAGUGUAUGAUGGGAGCCGAGAGACGCUCUGCACUGUCCCGCCUCAGAUCAAAACCCUCGGGGUCUUCCUUAACAUCGGAGGGGGCGCCGUGAGCUUCCACAAUCCUCUGACCCAGGAGCACCUAGCCACGCUGCCUACGUGUUUCAACCGUUCUGGAGUUCUCCCUGCUCUGUGCCUGGGCCAGGGUCGGCUGAAGCUGCGCUGUGGCCUCCCCCCUCCUCCUCAUGUGUUCCUCAGUAAGGACUCGGCCUACAGGGGACCUUGUGGGGCUGGCGGAGGCCGGUGGCACAGGGAGAUUCCCUUUCAGUCCGUGAGGAAAGUGAUACAGAAGUUUGAGGAGCUGGCUGUGUCGGACUCAGACUCUGGCCUGGUGUCCAGUUUUGGAUCAUCCUGCUCCACCUUCUCUUCCCUUCCAGAUCUGGGGAUUCCUGGGAUGUUUCCCUCUGGGCAAGCAGGACAGGGAACUGUGACUGAAAAAGAAAGUCUUUAAUGGGAGCAUCAGAAACACACCCACCGCUCCUCUGAGUGGUUUGAUCUUUGGCUGUCAUUUGAAAGGCUAAUUUUUCAUCUUGAAGGACUUAUGGCUGUCUCUUUCCACUCUCUGCGUGACCCUGGACCAGCAAUUGACUCCCUCCCCAGGACGCAACCCUUUCUCUCAACCAAACAACCCCUGCUGGUUUGGGAUCGAGCCAGAAAGAGUCCUCUGUAAUGUGAAUUGUGAGGAAACGGUGGGCUUUUAGCAGCAGGACUUCUUGAUUUGUCUCUGUGUGGCGGUUGUCACACAGUAGGGGUCCUACAAUAGAACUGCGCACGUUCCUGCAUCUGUGUAUGUGGGUACAAGCACUACCCAGAGUACGAGCGUUUGCUCAGUCACAUUCCGGUGUGUGUGUGUGUGCGCGUGAGCAAGAGGGAACAAUGUACAAGCGGCAGGGGGUGAGAUGACGAGGUGUGAGUACAGUGACACCAGCGGUGUUGACACAGAGCAGCAAGGACAGGUGGUAACAUAGAUUUAUCCCGCGGCCAUUCCUUCGAUAGGACAGUAGGACUGCCCUUUACUGACCCUUUGAAAACCCCAGGA